AUGGGCAAGAAAAGAAAGGCGGGCGGUCGCCCGGCACAGAAAGAUGAUGCUCCUUUGCGAUCAAAGUUUAGCAUUGAAGAGCGGUUCGAGGACUCCGAAGAUGAGUUCCAGGCCAACCGUGACCAGAUUCUGCUGGAGGAAGCCCCAGAAGCCAAGCGCCGCCGCAGAGUUGCAGAGGAUGAGGAACUACUUCAACCUUCCGAUGAGGAGAUUCUAGGUUACGAGUCGGUGGACGAGGAUGAAGAUGAUCUCGAGGACGAAGAGGACUACGAUGACGAUGACGAUAUGGGCCUGUCAAAGAAGACUCGCGACGCCGCAUCUGAUGAAGAGGAAGAGGGUAUCGCCGCCUGGGGCUCAUCCAAGAAGGAUCUCUACAAUGCCGACCAAAUCGAGACCGAGGCAGAUGCUUUGGAGGAAGAGCAGGAAGCCAAGAGGCUGCAGCAGAAGCAGCUGCAGGCCAUGAACGAGGCCGACUUUGGUUUCGACGAGUCUGAGUGGAUGGAGUCUGGCAAGGAUGCGGAGGAUGACGCAGAGGACAACGGCGUGGUCACCGAAGUUCUCCCCCAGUUGGAGGUCACCGAGGAUAUGGACGAUGAUGAAAAGCGCAAAAUUUUGAGCUCAAGAUACCCCGAGUUUGAGCCCCUCGCCAAGGAAUUCGCCAGCCUCCAACCUAUUUACAAGGAUCUGCAGAAGGCAGCCUCGAAAGCUACUUCGGCACCCCGUGAAGAUUCCGAUGAACCCCAACCAGCACCAGUGGCUGUGGUCAAGCUCCGCGCCCUGUCAACAUACCUUGGUACAAUCAGCUUGUACUUUAUGCUCCUCACUUCUUCUCCUGAAGGCUCCGACGCUCACGUGCCCCUGUCCCCUGCCGAACUCCGUCAACACCCUGUGAUGGGCUCUUUGGUCAAGUUCCGAAAGCUUUGGGAGACAGUCAAGGACCUGGAGAUCUCGGAGGUGGUUGAGGUUAUCCAGAAACCCGUGAAUAUCGUUUCACCCGAACCUACCGAGACCGAGAAGAAACCGAAGAAGGCCAAGGAGGUCAAGGAAGUGCCGCAGAAGAAGAAGCUGAGCAGGGCUGAGCGGGCAGCUGAGAUUGCACGAGCUGAAGCCGAGGCUCGUCGUGCUGAGCGCCUCCGCCAGACUGAGGCUGGCCUGGCUGAUCUCGACGAUCUGGUCACGGCACCCACUCAGAAGCGCAAGACGAAGAAGUCUAAGAAGUCCAAGGACGAUGACGAGUCAGACUUUGGUGACGAGGGUGCUCUUACGGCACGUGAGGCUGAAGAGAAAGCCAAGCAGAAACGCUCGCUCCGCUUCUACACCUCCCAAAUCGCCCAGAAGGCCAACAAGCGCCAAACUGCUGGUCAAAAUGCCGGUGGUGACGCUGAUAUUCCUUACCGUGAACGUCUCAAGGAUCGCCAAGCCCGUCUUAACGCCGAAGCUGAGAAGCGUGGUCGUCAACGACCAGACAUUGGUGAAGAACUGGGCGGCGAUAGUGACGAAGAGGACCACCGUGUUCGCAAGGAACUUCGCAGCGGAGGCAACCAGUCUGGUACCGACGAGGACGAAUACUACGACAUGGUCGCUGCUCGCUCCAAGCAACGCAAGGACGACAAGAAGGCCCGUGCCGACGCAUACGCCGCCGCCGCCCGCGAAGGUGGCCAUGUGGAGAUCCAAGAGGACAUUGGACCUGACGGCAAGCGUGCCAUCACAUACCAGAUCGAGAAGAACAAGGGUCUUACGCCGAAGCGCAGCAAGGAUGCACGCAACCCGCGUGUCAAGAAGCGCAAGAAGUACGAGGAGAAGAAGAAGAAGCUCGGCAGUAUUCGCCAGGUCUAUAAGGGUGGCGAGGCCCGUGGUGGAUAUGGUGGUGAGCUUACGGGUAUUAAGAAGAACCUGGUUAAGAGUGUUAAGUUCUAA